GAGCUCUUGAUAGAUAUGGAGAAAGACGGCAUAAUCAUUGAAGAGCUCUGGGAUGUGGCUGGGAGCCUGCAGGUAUGUAUGGGCGAUUGGGACGCUCGUGUUCGUCCAGGAUGGGAUAUUCGAAUGCACGCACGGGCAACGCUAGAGACACAUUGUCUAGACAACAGCAGCGACAGCGAUGGUUCUGAGAACAUUUCAGGCCAAUGGGUUGAAGAAAUUCUCGAUCAGUAUCAAGAAGAGUGGUGCCUUCCAAGAUGGAGGGCCAAAGUUGAGCAACAAGAAUCGAUGAGCAUCGUCAUGCAGGAACCAUCUUAUUUAAUGCUCGCACUGGGUUGCGUAUUGAUGGUAUUUUUCACAGUCGCGAUCGUCGUGUACACUGCUUGAUACCGAGCUCAUGAGAGGGUGCUCAGGUGAAGCAAAGCAAAGC